GCACAGAUUCAUCGGGUUCCCAGAGCUCAGUCUCACGAACUAUUACUACACCUGAUUUGCAGGAGAGCGAGCAAGGCAGGGACGAUGAGCUCCCCAGCGGCGGCCGUGAAGGUGAUCGGCGCAUUGGACAGCCCGUUCAGCCACCGCGCCGAGAUCGCCCUGCGCCUGAAAGGAGUCCCUUACGAGCUCAUCCCAGAAGACCUGAGAAACAAAAGCGAGCUGCUGCUGGCCAACAACCCCGUCCACAAGAAAGUUCCCGUGCUCCUCUACGGCGACCGCGCCGUCUGCGAGUCCCUCCUUAUCGUCGAGUACGUCGACGAGGCCUUCCCCGGCCCACCUCUCCUCCCCGCCGACCCCUACGAGAGGGCCAUGGCCCGCUUCUGGGCCAGCUUCAUCGACGGCAAGUGCUCGAAGGCGUACUGGUUGGCGCUGUGGGCGGAGGGCGAGGCACAGGAGGGGUUUGUGAAGGAGGCCAAGGAGAACUUCGCGCUGCUGGAGGCGCAGCUGGAGGGGAGGCGGUUCUUCGGCGGCGACGCCAUCGGUCUUGUCGACAUCGCCGCCUGCGGGUUCGCGCACUGGCUAGGCGUCUUCGAGGAGGUUGCCGAGGUGAGACUGGUCACCGAGGAUGAGUUCCCUCGCUUCUGCCGCUGGGCCAAGGAGUACGUGUCCGACGAGAAGGUGAGGGCGUGCCUGCCGGACAGGUCGCACCUGCUCGCCCGCUUCGCUGCCAACAAGGGGAUGUUCGUGGCCAUCGCCAAGUCCAUGCUGCCGCCCAAGUAGCUAGCCAGUGUGUCUAUGCCCAUCCAUGGAUGUGCACGAGAGCGCGCAUGGGUGUGUCUAUGCCCAUCCAGCGAUCGCUGCUGAGUCAGCUUGUGCUGUUCUGCUGGCCAGAAUAAAAAAGGGGAACGUAUUGGAGAGGAAGCAAUGUGUAGGACAAAGUUUCGUGGGAUCCCUGCCAUGGUUGUGCUGCCCUUGGAGCAUGCACUCCGCGACUUAAGGUAGGAGGAAGCCAUGUCCUCCACGGUGCUACGCGUCCAGGCGAUUCAUUUAGCGCCGACGGCUGACGAGCCAUGGACAAAUCGCCAUGCAAUAUGCCCCACAAGCAUCCACUGAACGCGUUUUCAAAAAAAAAAUCACAAUUUUUCGGACGUGCUGUUUAUGCCACAAAUGCAAGUGCACCGAAUACAAAUGCAGAACAGCACAUAUCCUAGCUAGCAGCUUCACCAGCAACUCAAAACAAAAACUGCAGAAUAUUUUAGUAUAUCUAAAGACAAAUAAAAGGGGAGCAGCUCGAAACAAAUGCAGAACACCAUCGUGCAAAGCACGGAUCCGGCUUGGAAUCGUCUCACCUCUAGUACUCCUCAUGUACUCCUCCAGCAUUAUAUUCGCAUUUCUUUACGAAGGGAGUAU